AUGGUUCCUGCCACUCGGCAAAUGACAAGCGAAGCGGUCUAUGCUCACCUUUUGGACAACGUACUCCUUCUUCCACAAGGGCAUCCCAUUCGUCUCACUUUUGAACAACAAGGAUACAAAUCGGCCGAUGACCUCCUAUGUAUUUUCGAGAAUGAGCUUGAUACUCUCGAAUAUACACCACUUUCUCUCCCCGACGGCCCGGAAAACCCUCCACGCGUUGCAUUGAUUGUGGCACAUCGACAAAUCAUUCGCCAUUUCCUGCGUUGGCAAGUGUCCUUAAAACAACAAAAGGGCACCUUGCUAAGGAACUCCGAGCUUGUCGCACUCAACAACGAAGAUUUUGUACUGUACCGUCGUUCAGCCCUUGGGCAAGUCUCAACAGCUACUACACUUGCCAAUGUUCCCUCGACUGUUCAGAACCCCACUGCAAAACCGCGUUCCGCUGCAGAUGACUUCAAACGUGGGAUAAAGCGAGACAAGACCCAUUAUCCAACACUAAAAGACGAUAAGUACUGGGACAAUUUUUACCGUUCUUUCGUUGUGACCGCUGUCUCCCAUAAUGUUGAGAAGGUACUUGACCCGUCAUAUGUUCCCACUGACCCUUCCGAAAGAUCCCUCUUCGAGGAACAGAACAAGUUUGUCUACUCGGCCCUUGAGCAUACCCUACAAACCGAUAUGGGUAAAAACAUUGUUCGAGAGCACAGCUUUGAUUUCAAUGCACAGGAAGUUUUCCGCAAGGUAGUCAAACAUUACACGGAAUCUGCCAGUGCAAAGAUCAGUUCGUCCACCACAUUAGGGUACCUUACUACGGCAAAAUAUGGCUCAUCAUGGACAGGUACUGCGGAAGGUUUUAUACUCCAUUGGAAAAAUCACUUGCGUAUCUACAAUGAUACGGAACCAACUGCCGAACAACUCCCUCAGCAACUGUGCCUCAGUCUUCUGGAGAAUGCAGUCCAUGACGUACCCAAACUUUGCCAAGUCAAGAUCACGGCAACCUUAGAUCUAGCAAAAGGGGGUAGUCCCAUUAGCUAUGAAGGUUACCUCAGUCUCCUGUUGGCGUCGGCAUCCUUGUACGACAACGGAAAUAACAUCUCAAGUUCCCGUAACGGUAGAACCAAACGUAGUGUCUAUUCAACUGACCUAACCUAUCAUCCUACAGACUUAGAUGAUCCCAUCAACGUUGAUUAUGAUAUAGAUUUGUCCCCCACUACAUUGUAUGAAGCAAAUGCACACAACCGUAACGGCACCACACCAGGGGGCCGUAACAGACGCCCAACUGAUGCUCGCGAACGUCCAUAUAUCCCUCGAGAGAUGUGGAACAGGCUUUCGGACGAUGCCAAGGCCAUUCUCCAAGGUCUGGACGCGCCAGAUAACGCUCCUACACCAGACCCAAACAUACUGCGUCCAGCAUUACAAGCCCACAAACAUGCAGCCGUAGUCACCGAUGACAACGAUACAAACCAGUCCAGGCAGGAAACAUUUCAUGAUUGUCCGCCUGAAACCGAGCUACUAGCACAUCUCACGGACCGUAUUGGACGCAUGACCGAUGCCAACAUCCGCAAAGUGCUCGCUGCAUCACGCGACCCAACGUCACAUGGCACACCUCAUUCCGCGUCUCCGAAGUCUUUGCGCUCGAACAUUCUCCAUUACCACGUGUCUCAACAUACCGUUGAUGGAAAUACCGGCGCCUUGGUGGAUUGA